CCAACUUUGUAGUAAAGAUGGGAAAAAUGGGGUUGACCUCUCUCUUUCUCACUCUUCUAGCGCUUGCAGUGUCUCUCAGCUUGCCUUCUCAAACCACUGCCGAUUACCCUUACUCAUCUCCUCCUCCUCCUAAGGAGGAGCCAUACAAAUACAAGUCCCCUCCUCCUCCGAAAGAGGAGCCAUACAAAUACAAGUCCCCUCCUCCUCCUAAAGAGGAGCCAUACAAAUACAAGUCUCCUCCUCCUCCUAAAGAGGAGCCAUACAAGUACAAGUCCCCUCCUCCUCCCAAAGAGGAGCCAUACAAAUACAAGUCUCCUCCUCCUCCUAAGGAGGAGCCAUACAAAUACAAGUCUCCCCCACCCCCUCCUCCAGUUUACAAAUACAAGUCUCCUCCUCCUCCUAAAGAGGAGCCAUACAAAUACAAGUCUCCUCCUCCACCUAAGGAGGAGCCAUACAAGUACAAGUCCCCUCCUCCUCCUAAAGAGGAGCCAUAUAAGUACAAGUCCCCUCCUCCUCCUAAAGAGGAGCCAUACAAGUACAAGUCCCCUCCUCCUCCUAAGGAGGAGCCAUACAAGUACAAGUCCCCUCCACCUCCUCCUCCUAAAGAGGAGCCAUACAAAUACAAGUCCCCUCCUCCUCCUAAAGAGGAGCCAUACAAAUACAAGUCUCCUCCUCCUCCUAAAGAGGAGCCAUACAAGUACAAGUCCCCUCCUCCUCCAAAAGAGGAGCCAUACAAAUACAAGUCUCCUCCACCACCUCCUCCAGUUUACAAAUACAAGUCUCCUCCUCCUCCUAAGGAGGAGCCAUACAAAUACAAGUCUCCCCCACCCCCUCCUCCAGUUUACAAAUACAAGUCUCCUCCUCCUCCUAAGGAGGAGCCAUACAAAUACAAGUCUCCUCCUCCACCUAAGGAGGAGCCAUACAAGUACAAGUCCCCUCCUCCUCCUAAGGAGGAGCCAUACAAGUACAAGUCCCCUCCUCCUCCUAAGGAGGAGCCAUACAAGUACAAGUCCCCUCCUCCUCCUAAGGAGGAGCCAUACAAAUACAAGUCUCCUCCUCCUCCUAAGGAGGAGCCAUACAAAUACAAGUCUCCCCCACCACCACCACCCCAUUAUGUCUACUCAUCACCCCCUCCUCCUCACCACUACUAAGCUACGGUUUUAACCGUACCAAGGAGAAGAGAAGAGUGUGAUCCGAAUAAAAGGACAAAAAAUGGUUUGAAAAAAUAAACAGAGUGAGAGAGAUUCAGCAGAAAAGGGAGCCUAGUCUCAUCGUUUGAAGAGAGGAUAAAGAAUAAUGUAGACAAGUAUUAUUCAUGUAUUUGACAGUUGUAUUAUUCAGUGGUGUCCAGUACUUAUUUAUUUCUGCUUUAUUAUAAAAUGAAUCGUUUAUGUAUUGUAUGUGUUUUUCAACCUUUUGCUAAUGCAUGGGUUGACCCGUAAUAAAAAUAAAUCCAUUACUCUUAAAAAACCAAUGGUUCACGUUUUUUUUUUAAAAUUAUUUUGUUUCUUUCUUCUUUGGCUUUGAGUGUGAUUGGGUUGAAAAGACUUACCUUUUCUUUUCGCAAAUGAUCUAUUUUUCUUUCUCUGCAUGAAUUUGCAUGGGCUUCUCAAUUUCAUGCAAUUGGGUAGUAAAAGUGCCAUACAGAAAAAACAAAAAACAAAGAGAAAAUAUAGAAAUAACAUUAUAUUA